GAAUAUGUGGGCGAGCUGCCUGGGGAGAAGAUGAGUGUUUUACCCAUGAUUGAUUCUAUACGGAAAGUCUGGUGAGCUCUUACUAAUGUCCUCAUCACAGUGAUGAAAAUAUUUGACUCCUAAUACUAGAUUCUAAUCGGCAUCAACAGCGAUACUGAUAUUGUUUUGUAAUACAGACCAUCUGGUCUUACUACCCAAGGAGAAAGACCUGUUAUCUGUGGCCUUUCAUAUGGCAAUACAACAAAUAGUCACAACUCACCAUACUCGUCGAACAAGAAGCCUUAAGUGAAUGAAACCACAGCAUACUAAAACAGAUGUGAGUAUAUGUAUAUUCUUACAGUAGGUUAAUUAGGAGACGACAGGGUUUUUAGGUUAAAAUCUAGACUUUUAUUUUAUUAUUUAUCUGUUUAACAGAUUUUUGGCACUUAUUACCUAAAUAUUUGUGCUAUACAGAAUUAGACUUUUAAAAUAACUACCGCUCUUCUGUCUUUCAUCACAACUGAGUAUCGUGGGCGAGGCCUCACGCACACCUGAACUUUACCUCUGAGGUCACUCCUCACGCUUCACGGUGCACAAGUGAAUUUACUUCUAAGAGCACAUUUGUUGCUUUGUUUUCUUAUAAGACGUUUCCACGCAAUAUCUUUGUCUUUUAGCUUCCGCUUACAUUAUGGGAAUUAGGAUGUGAACGACCUGAAAUUCAUCAUUAAAUACGUCGCCAAAAAAACGUGUUUAUGGCUUCAUGUCUGUGUAGAUACCGCCGGCGGAUUCUGUUCUUCUGUUCGCCGUGCAUAUUGCUGGUCCCAGUUUACAUCUAUGUCUCAGUUGCUUUGUGCUAUGUCAUGAAACAUGGGGCAUCCCACGGUGCACACGUUGUUCAUUCCAAGCUGCCAUCACACUUCACCGCGUCUGGACUCAAACACUCCAGAGAUCUGGCUCCUCAUCCUGUGAAAUCCUUCUGGAGAAGCGAGCUAGACAGUGGCGCUCUGUGGAACAUCAUCCAGUACAUGACGGAUCGCCAGUAUAACCCCAUCCUAAAGCCUCAUCUGCCAGAAAACGUGUCUAGUGUUGCUUACAAAACAGCAAUUUCCAGAAGGACUGGAGAUAGAUGUUCUCCAAAUUAUGAGAUUAAGAACACAAUCCCAGAUUACGCCAAACUACCAAUCCAGAUGAAGAAUUUUUUGACCAGCAUGCACUGUCGAGACUAUCCGCUUAUCAUAGAUCCUUUAGAUGUUUGUGAUUCUCAAGCAAAGAAAGGGGCGCCAACGUUGCUCAUGGUUAUAAAAACUCAGACUGCAAACUUUCAGAACAGGGAAGCCAUACGAGAAACAUGGGGGCGUUCGGGAAAUAUAAAAACACUAGCUGGACAACAAAGACCCGUCAGCAGGGUCUUCCUUCUGGGGAAGUCUGAAGACUUGCAUACUGAAGAGAAAAUGCAUUUAGAAAGCAGCAAAUAUGGUGAUAUCAUCCAGUGGGACUUCAUGGACACCUUCUUCAACCUCACCUUGAAGGACGUGCUGUUCUGGAACUGGUUCUCAAGGCGAUGCUCGCACGCCCGCUUCAUUUUCAAGGGCGACGAUGAUGUGUUUGUGAGGAUACCUGCUGUCCUAGACUACCUGCUGGCUGAGGAGGCAAAUGAAUCCAGGAAGGCAAGUGACACAGAGUCGUUUGUCAUGGGGGACGUCAUAAACAAUGCAGCACCGAUACGCUCUAAUUGGACAAAGUACUACAUCCCGGAGAGUUUCUAUAAAGGGCUGUACCCAUCAUACCCCGGUGGAGGAGGGGUGCUUUACUCUGGUUCUCUGGCACGCAGGCUUUUGGAGGUGUCGCAAAGGGUCCAUCUGUUCCCCAUUGAUGAUGUCUACCUGGGCAUGUGUCUUCAGAGACUUGGGGUUUACCCUAUCAACCACCCUGCCUUUCUCACCUUUGACUUCCCCGUAGAUGAGCCCAGAGAACCCUGUGCGAAUCACACCAUCCUCCUGGUGCACAAGCGGAGCCCAGCUGAGAUGCUGCAACUUUGGAGCGAAACGUCGACGCCUAGCCCUGAAUGCAGAAAUGCAUCUCUGAGAGUCAAACUUAGACCUGAUUGAGUCCAGACCGAACCUUUUUUUUUUUAAAGCAAGUUCUCAUUUUCUACAGAAUACUUGAAAACUGAAGUUAUGCAUUGCAAGGUAUUUUUUUAUACUUUUUUUGUAUUUUGACUUGAUAACUGCCUAAAGGUUUUAUAAGCAGGGUUUCUGCAGGUUUUGUGAUGGUAAACUUAAGACUUUUUGAAAAGAGUUUGAGACUAAGUAAAGAAAAUUUGAGAAAUAAAUUGAAGGGAACACGGUGUCAGCAUGGAGCACACAGUGAGUUAUAUAAAAAAAACAGUAACAUUUAAAAUACAACUUCUAACCAAUCUACAACUUACACUGCUUACAAUAACUAGAGUAUUUAAAUGGUUGUAACAUUUACUGUACCUGCAAAAAAAGUGAUGUUCUCCCUGUUUUGUCUUGUUCUUAAGUACAAAUGUCUAAAAAUGUAAAUCUACACCUUGUCUAAAAUCUCCCUUUAAGCUUAAUCAUACUUUUGUUAGAUUUGCCAGAAAUAAUCUUGAUUUAAAUGUGUUUAGAUAUUUGCAUUAGUGUAAACAAAUAGAAAUUAAAAAACAAACAAAAAAAACACUGAGUUUUUUUGUAACACAUGCAACAUUUAACGCCUUAACUUCAUGCUUUUAAGACUUGUUUUCAAAUGAUGACCCUUUUAGGGCCUUAUUUUGAUUUGUGGAAG